AAAUAGAGAUAUAUUCAUAUUCCACUGUUUCUAGGUUUUUCGAUAGUUGGUGUCCAGUUUUUGUCGUUUUGAUGUACUCUGAACCUAUCAGAGUUUGUUAUAUUGCCAGAGAAUACUAUCCCUUAUAGUAUCCCCCACCUGCCAAAUACUGCAGAAUAUCUCCUAUUUAAAGGAAGGAUCGAAUUGUUCACCACUUCAAUAGGGAUACAAAGUGAUUCACAAUUAUACAUAAUACUUGCUGUUUGAGUUGGUUGAUGAAAGUGAAAUGCUUUGGUUCCCAACUCAUUAGAAUGAAUAGAAUUACUCACUAAUAGUGAUAUCAGUAUUGUUGAUGAUAAAGCUAAAAUCCAUAAGAAUGGACUCUAUGGGAAUGAGUAGUUGGCCAAUAUCAAGCUGUGAGACAUAUCUGGCUGAUUUGUUGGAGGCAACAAUCAAACUAUUACUUUUCAGAUAUAUAUAUAAGAUAGACAUUGAUAUCUAUCUAUCUAUCUAUCUUCUUGAAUACCUUACUGAAGUUGUACUAGUAUGAUAUCGUGAAUGACACGUACACUUGGAUCACUUGGCGAUUUCGCGUGAUAUCAAUCACGUUCGCUAGUAGUAGGGGAAUGGCGGAAAACACGCGGAAAUCCAUUUUCUACCAAAUAACCGCGGUGAACUUUUUUUCUGCCAUUUCCACCAUUUUUGCCAUUGUCUUCCUGACCACCUCGAUAGCCAUGGCGGAAAACACGCGGAAAUCCAUUUCCUACCAAAUAACCGCGGUGAACUUUUUUUCUGCCAUUUUCGACCAUUUCCUGCCAUUGCCUGCCUGGCUACCUUAUUGUCCAUAACAAGAAACGCGCGGAAACCCAUGGCUGCCAAUUUCGGCCAAUUCCUGCAAUGUUAACCUGACUUCCAUUGUAGGCCAUGGUAUCCAUGGAUGUCCAAAGUGAAAGAUUGCUUCCUUUACUUCAGUCUAUAAUGCCCGAAUGCAAGUGUGUGUAUGUUGUCGUCCAAGAUCCAACGUUUGUUAUCCGUGCAAGUCAUGAGUGUCUUGGUUUGUUCUUUCGUGCUGAUGUUGAAGGCCUGGUUGUUGAUACGCUUGAAAGUACCUUCGAUCACUGCAUCUUCCUUCUUCUCUGCCUCGAGGACGCGCUUGUACAGCUCGAUGUUCUUCACGCUCAUCCUCUCUCCAUCAAUCACCACAUUGCGAGGAACUCCCUUCGCUGCGUUAUGCACUACAUGCUUCUCGUCAAUCAAACAGUACAUCUUUGGUCUAAGUCCCACGAACUCUGUGAUGCGAUGCCCGUUAUGCUCAUCCUUGAAGAUGGGACCAGGCAACUUCUUGUUGAAGUUGAGGAACGAGUCCAAUGA